AACGCAAAGAGAAAGAUGGCAGAAGUCGCUCCAGCUCCAGCUCCAGCUGCUCCAGCUCCAGCCGCCACCAAGGCUAAAGCGGCCAAGAAGAAGGUCGUGAAACCGAAGAAGGUCGGUCCCAGCGUCAGUGAGCUCAUCGUGAAAGCCGUGUCCGCGUCCAAGGAGCGGAGCGGCGUGUCAGUGGCCGCCCUCAAGAAGGCUCUGGCUGCCGGAGGCUACGAUGUGGAGAAGAACAAUGCCCGCGUCAACAACACCAUCAAGAAGCUGGUGGUCAACGAGACCCUGGUCCAGACCAAGGGAACCGGGGCCACCGGCUCGUUCAAGAUGAGCAAGAAGGUGGAGACCAAGGUCCAGAAGCCGGUGAAGAAGGCCGCUCCCAAAGCGAAGAAGCCCGCCGCCAAGAAACCCGCAGUGGCUAAAAAGCCCAAGUCAGCGGCAGCCAAGAAGCCAGCAGCCGCUAAAAAGUCCCUGAAGAAGGUGACGAAACCAGCAGCGGCCAAGGAGCCCACCAAGAGCCCCAAGAAGGUGGCGAAGAGCCCCAAGAAGGUGGCGAAGAGCCCCAAGAAAGUGGUGAAGAGCCCCAAGAAAGUGGCGAAGAGCCCCAAGAAGGUGGUGAAAAAGGCCCCUGGCAAGAAAGCCCCCGCGAAGAAGGUCGCCAAACCCAAAGUGAAGAGGACAGCAGCCAAGAAGAAGUGAGAUGUCCUCACUGUGAAACAUGUCCAUCCUGGUAAAAGGCUCUUUUAAGAGCCACACACGUCUAUCCACAAAGAGCUGCUUCCUCAUCAAUCAUCACCACUGACAAUAAAUAUGUAGAGACAGAGUUCUUAACUAAAGGGAGUCAAGUUAUAUAGAAAGAUAUUAAAUAUGUAU